AUGGCACCGAAGAAAAAGUCAAAAGAUAAAAAGGGCAAGGCUGGACAGACUGCCACGGCCCCAUUUGUCAGUGAGCGGGAGCAGUACCUACAGAAGGAGUACGCCAUCCUGACAGAGCAUGUGGAUACAUACACUCGGCGCAUGCAACAUUUCCAGGAGCAGAACAAAUUCCUGGACAAGGAAGCACAGCAGAUCCGUGAGAACAGCAAAGCCUACCUCUCGUACCUGAACAGGCGCACCCUCCGAUGCCAGACUGCCAUUGUUACAUUGAACGACCAGAAUCGCGCAGACCUGGCGCAGGUUCGGAAGCAAAAGGAGCAGCUGAUCACACAGUACACAGACAAGGAGAAGGAGGUGAAGAGUCAACUGAUCGAGAUGGAGACCAAGUACUCCCUCAUGAACAAAGAAGUGGAAGAGCUCCAGCCCUUCAAAGAACUGCAGUUUGAGCAGCUGACCCGGAUCCGGGAGCUGGAGAAGGAGCUUCUAGCCAUGAAAAUCCAGCACUCGGAGCAAAUGCACAAGGUCAAGAGCCAGUUCCUGCAGCAGAAGGCUGAUUAUGAGAUGGCGUCUCAGCAGAAAGUCCAGGCUCUGGCCAAGCUGGCAGAGAAGGAGGCUGUGCGGAGCCUCAUACAGCACACCAAGCAGGUGAAAGCAGAGAACUGGCGGCUGCGCCAUGAACUGCUGAAUCUCAUCAAGAGAGCUGAGGUCUUGAAAGACUUCAUGGCCCAGCUGAAAGAGCAGCAGCAGCAGCUCCUGCGGGAGCACCAGUACAGCCAAGACCUUGCACGCAUGCGCCACUGGCUGAGGCAGUGCGGGGCCCGGCUAAUUGUCACUCCUGGCAGCAGCUUCAGAUGCAGCCCAAUGGCUAAGAACAAGACUCUGUCUCCUCAUGCUAUCAGUGCCCAGCUGCCCUCAGAAAAAGCAUUAGGAAGAUCCUCCAGACAUUCCACAGACAGAGGAGGGCAGGCUGCCCCCUGUGACCUCUAG